AGACCACUAGCACACGGUUCUUCUUUCAUUCGCUCAACGCAGACUGUAUAAUGAUGCACUCAAGCGAAUAUCUGAAUUCACUCUAGAUCAAUACUAUGCGAUUUGUAACACAAUAAUUCUGCAUGCAUUCGACGGGCAUGUAUAUUCUCCUGGAUCUCUAGAACUCUACCAGAGAUACUGGACUGUAUAUACCACCACCACCACCAUGUUGAUGUCACGAUGGAUUACCAUUUUCACUAGUUCAGUCGCUGUAUUGAGCUUUGCUGUUCUGGCUUCAUGCUUUGAUGGCGAUGACGAGAAUGGCUUCGUGGAAGAGUCGGGAAACACGGAGGCCUCCUCAACAAGUGAUGUCGGUUUUGGUCACGGAAGGGACGUUCUCCGUCUCCAUUCGGGGCUGUACGACGUGGCAUACGUUCGCUUUCGGAUCGACGAGCUUUCUAUCGGUCGACAGGAUCGGAUUCAAGUUUGGAUGAAAACUGACAUAUGUAUUGGGUGCAAAAUGGUAGCAGUGGCCAAUUUGACGAUCAAGACGAAGGAAAAGAAAAUGGUAGCCACCAUCGACACCGCCUGGGCGACCCGUAUAAUGGUCACAGCGGGAGAUGUACCAUAUCCAGCUAAAAAUAACACAUACUGCGAGUUAUAUUAUCAUUUCGGGCAAUAUGGUGAAUACAACCUAACAGUGCCUCCCAUGACACGGAACAACACGAACGGGACAAUAUGCGACCUGGAGACAUUGAAAUCGCCAACAUAUGCAAAUACAAGUAUCUUUGUAUUCUACGGGUUGGUAUUUCUCAUGUUUUUCGUGGCUGCUAUUUGGAUCCACUGUAUAAAGGGACGCAAUAACAAAUGUCUACCAAGCAAUCAUAAUGGAAAUGUACAAUCGAACGGUUCUCUAGAAGACCAAACACCCUUGACUGACCCGGUGGGUCAUAAACCUACCAAGACAUCAUUUCGACUGAGAUCGGUUGACGCAUUUAGAGGACUUGCUAUAACCAAUCUGGUAUUGGGUACGAGCGGUGAUGGUCACUUUUGGUAUUUGAGCCAUGCAAGAUGGUAUGGUAUAACUGUUGCAGAUUUUAUGUUCCCAUGGUUCGUUUUCAUCAUGGGUACUUCUAUCCAUCUCUCGUUCAAUAUACUCCUGUCUAAGGGGCAGAGUUAUCUAUCCAUCUUCAAGAAAAUAAUAUUCCGAAGCAUCUCUUUAUUCAUCAUGGGCGUUUGUAUUCAACCUCACAACGAUCUCAGAACCCUUCGCAUUCCGGGUGUGCUACAGCGUUUUGGCAUAACUUAUUUCAUUGUUGCGUCAUCAUAUCUUCUUUCCCGUCGUCUGCAGGCACGCAGGAUCGAGAGAACGGGCAAAUGUUACAUGAUGUUUAGGGACAUCACAGACUACCUUGAACUUCCAUUGGCCUUCUGCUCUCUCGCCGUCCAUUUGAGUUUGACCUUUCUUCUUCCGGUUCCAGGAUGUCCUCUAGGUUACCAGGGUCCUGGUGGUCCGCUGGUUGGAGAGAACGGUGAACUGACAAACUGUACCGGGGGAGCUUCGGGGUACAUCGACCGCAUGUUCUUCACUGAAGCCCAUAUCGUCUCCAUCGACACCUGUCAUGAUGUUUAUAGAACCAUUGUUAAAAGUGACCCGGAAGGAAUACUUGGUUGUUUUACCUCAAUUGCAUUGUGUGUGUUUGGUCUCCAGGCCGGAAAGAUCCUUCAUCUCUUUACAACCGUUAAGGGGCGCUGUUUAAGAUUGAUCAUCUGGGGAUUGGUGUUGACAUCAUGCAGUUUAAUUCUUUGCAAAGUUUCUAUGGCUGAUGGUUGGAUACCUCUUAAUAAGAACCUUUGGUCCGUUUCGUUUAUCGCCCUCACCGGUGGAACAGCGUUCAUUAUUCAGGCAUUGUUUCAUAUCCUUAUUGACGUCACGCAUUUCUGGGAUGGAGCUCCUCUUUUCUACGCAGGAAUGAAUUCAAUCCUACUCUAUAUAGGAUCAGAGAUCAUGCAUCCUUAUCUCCCAUUCUCAUGGGUACCGUUUGUUGGUAACCAUACCGAGUACAUCAUCCUUGCUGCCUGGUCGGGAUUCCUCUGGCUUGCCAUCGCUUACGUCUGCUACCGCAAAAAGAUUUUCUUAAAACUUUGAUGACGUCACAAUUGAACGGAGGAAUGGAUACCUUGAAAAUUACUAUACUUCAUUAUUCGAACCUUGUGGCUUACGGAGUAAUCGUUAUUAACUUUAAGUAUACUCUUGUGAUUAUGGAAACAAGAGGCAAUAUAGGAAUGUGCUAUUGACAGCGAGUGUGAUCGCUACAAGACGGUGUAUUAUAACGAAUAUUAGUUAAUGUAUUUAAUCUUGGCCAUCAUUAAUAUAACCAGGUCCAGGACAGUGCAGAUUGAUAUUCACCUUUUUAAUAUGAAGUAUUAUCUGUGUUGCUAUACAGGAACAUGCCUUUGAGCAGAUGAAUGAGGAGUUUAAAAAUGGUGCAGUUGGUGGAAGGUAGCGGCGAUGGGUGUAAUGUAGUGGUGUAGGGAUGUCAAAGUUGAGAUUGUCGUAUGAGGUUUGUCAUUGUAGGGGUUUUGGGUGGUAUAGCUUCGCGGGUGAUACUACCAGUUCCAGAAAAUGUUAUGUUAUGACUCUGCAUAAUUAUGUAAAUCAUCCAUUAUGUCAAUCAAACCAAACUAAAGUAAUUUAUCAGACCAGGAGAGCAUUUCAUGAAAGGAAUUGUUGGAUGUUUAAUCCGGCACUUACCAUGGGAACUGUGUCUCUCAACUAGGCAUUACCAAGGAAAGUUGCCAGAUCUGUCGGAUGACAAAUAUUGGUGAAACGCUCCCUGAAUCCCGUUACUUACAGAGUUACUGGACGUACUGAAGAGGUGCAUAUUACAUCUUUGAAGUAAUAUACCGAAGAGAAGUAUAUUACGGCAAGGGUGAGGGGAUGCAGUAACCCCUAAAUCAAAGGCAUUCAAGAAAUUCAUUGCAUUUUGACAUUCAACCAAACAGAAGCCCAUAUUUGCGCUUUUGAAACUUUCUACAAUGUACCGAAAAGAAUACCGCUUCUAUAAAGUCGAAAUGCUUCCAUGUAAUUUAUAUAGAACAUAUUUUGUGGACUAGAGAGUUAAAGGCGCGGUCCCACUGGUUGGAGGACACACAACGUAUGCAUUAAGGAUACAGCGAACAAGCCCCGGGGAACAAGCAACAUUCGGGUUGCCUCCAUCCGUUUUCAUCCGCUUCAGAAAAUCGGUAAUAAUGGCGAAGAAUGAGCUCACAGUUGACGGAUGCUAAAGCCUUUAGGCUUGGUCCCACUGCACUUACGGAUGCAAAGAGAGAGUAAAACGGAAAAAUUCUUGCCAUCCGUUGGAAAACGUUAUGUAUCCGUUUUGUACUAUUUGCAUACGUUUUUCAUACGCUCUAUGUCCAUCUAGCAUCCGUCCUCUGUGAUUUCAUUGUUCGCCCAUUCUGUCCAUUGUCUUGAGCGAAUGAAAACGAUGGAGCCAACCCGAAAUUGUGCUUGCCGGCUGUAUCCGUUAUGGAUAUCUUUUGUGUCCAUCGGCUACUGGGACCGAGCCUUAUAGGGAUACCAAUCGAAUGAUCGUCUGAAAUCGAUCACGUGACAUUUAAACGACUGGUUGAAAAUCAUCACAUGCAGCCAUGGCAGCCAUUUACAUUAAUAUACUAAUUUGCUAAUUACUGGUAUACUCGUGAUUUGUUCUAUUGACCGGUCAUGGCUUAUCAAAUAAUAAUAAUCCACAUCACUAUCAAACAUAAUAAAACGCAUCGUCUUGCUAGACCAUUAGAUAAUUAUCCACACGUGUUUCUUCUAAUAUGGUCGAAACACACUUGGUAAUGGGUCGAACUUGUUUAAACUGUUUCAAUUGUACCUCGUGUAUUGUCAGUAAUGGCCUCCAUGAUAUGUAUUAUUUGUGAUUUUUUUUCAAUUUUAGGUUUGUCUUUAUUCAAUGAUAGUGAAUGAAGAAUUUUUCUUUAAAGUAUCGAUUUUUUACAUUUAUUUUCAUGAUUUGUGGACAUGCUUUAAAUUUGUUGUCAGUCUUUAAAAAAACCCACUUAUGCGCAUUUUCUAUAUCAAAAGAAAUUUUAAUUCAAUUAGACUGAUAGUGCGUCAAAUUAGCUAAACGGGGAAUGAUUAUGUACCAUUUUGUUUUGAAAGAAUUUUUCAAAAUGUAUUAUAGAUUGAAAUGAUUAUUUCACAAGUAUUUUGUAUUGUGACGUUGGGGGUUGUAAUAUGACAGGCGUUGUGAUUACUACACCGGUAUAGGGACGACGAUAGGGUAUUUUGAUCGAGUGCUAGAGGAUUAAGGUGACCUUGUGGAGGGAGAGAUACUUUCUUUUUGCCAAGUCGAAUGAGAUUCGUUUCAUGGGGAAAUUUCAAUAGUACCUAGCAUUUUUAAACGUCCGAUCCGCAUUUUUUUCCGAUCCCCAUUUUCCCUAUUCUUACUUUAUUUUACGAUCUGUUCAAGCCAUGAUAAGAGCAUACAGCGUUUAUUAUGAACUGAUGAAAAAGGGAGAAAGCAUAUUAGGAAGGCUCCUUAUAGAGACGGCGGAUCGAAAUAUUAAUUUAAUGGCAUUGCUGAUUGCUCGUAAUAGUUUAACGGCCUAAAGACCAUUUUAACUCUUAUUUCUAUACUUUAUCUUAAUUUAUCCUAUGAUUUUCUUCAAUACUUUAAAGAUAAAAGAAAUGGCCACCCUUGCCCCCCCCCCCCUCACUCUGGGCCACCGCCCCUAGAUCUGUUUUUUUUUAUAACAAUAAGACCAAGAAAUUAACAAAAUAUUUAGCUUUACUUUGUUAUACAGUGCGUAUCAAUAAAAAGUUUACACUUUGAAAAAGUCCUCCACAUUGAAAAACACAUAACAGGGGGAUAAUUUUUUCACAUAUAUUCUUAGGCUUUGGUGUCAUCUAUCAGAUGAAAGUAUAAUUCUUGAUAGAAUCAUACGCCUGAGUCAGCAUUGUCCAUUUUUGUAAAGCUAGCAGAAAUUGGUUUGCGCAGAAAUGAUGAUUUUCACGCUGUGUCGAUGGAAAACAACACAAACUAACCGCGCUGUACAUUUUUUAUCUUUUGGGAGACAUUUCUGGUUAAUGGAAAUAACACAGAUACAUUUUAACUUUUAAACAUUUCUAUCCCUGAAUGAACAUUUUAAGUCUAGGUAAACAUAACUUUGAAGUUGUUUGUGUCAGCUGGAUCUGAGGACAUAAAAUGAAACAAACCAUUGUUUGUAUGUUUGUAACCAAAAAUUCAUUUCAGACACCUCCAACCUUAUUUCUUAUGAUUUUUGUUUCAUUUAAAAGGGUUUACAUCAUUUUCAUACUUCAUUUCAUACUUAUUUCUCCACACUUUUUCCAGGCAUGACAACGGAUAACAAUAAAAAUCAAGCUUGUUAUUUCAUGCGAAUCACUGCUACAUGUAAAGCAGAUAAAAAUUAUAAUCGCGAUGGUCUAGGUGUGUGGGGAGGGGGAGCACGGGGGGGGGGGGGCAGUGGCUUUCAAGGGAGUGUUUUGGCCAAGGAAAUAAGAGAAAGGAAAAAAUAUCUUCAAAUCAAUCUUUUAGCUAAAGUCCAUGCGCUCUACAUGAUUAACGUCUACUUUUCUCCAUAAAACUAUUUCCAAGUUUUGCACAAAUCCUUUUUCACGAACAUUUUUGUCUCACCUGCAUAGCAGAGUGAGACUAUAGGCGCCGCUUUUCCGACGGCGACGGCGACGGCGGCGGCGGCGGCGGCGGCGUCAACACCAAAUCUUAACCUGAGGUUAAGUUUUUGAAAUGACAGCAUAACUUAGAAAGUAUAUGGACCUAGUUCAUGAAACUUGGCCAUAAGGUUAAUCAAGUAUUACUGAACAUCCUGCCUGAGUUUCAUGUCACAUGACCAAGGUCAAAGGUCAUUUAGGGUCAAUGAACUUAGACCAUGUUGGGGGAAUCAACAUCAAAAUCUUAACCUAAGGUUAAGUUUUUGAAAUGUCAUCAUAACUUAGAAAAUAUAUGGACCUAGUUCAUGAAACUUAUACAUAAGGUUAAUCAAGUAUCACUGAACAUCCUGCUUGAGUUUCACAUCACAUGACCAAGGUCAAAGGUCAUUUAGGGUCAAUGAACUUUGGCCGAAUUGGAGGUAUCUGUUGAAUUACCAUCAUAACUUUGAAAGUCGAUGGAUCUGAUUAAUGAAACUUGGACAUAAUAGUAAUCAAGUAUUACUGAACAUCCUGUGCAAGUUUCAGGUCACAUUAUCAAGGUCAAAGGUCAUUUAGGGUCAAUGAACUUUGGCCAAAUUGGGGUAUUUGUUGAAUUACAGCCAUAAAUUUGAAAGUGUGUUGGUCUAGUUCAUAAAACUUGGACAUAAUAGUAAUCAAGUAUCACUGAACAUCCUGUGCGAGUUUCAGGUCACAUGAUCAAGGUCAAAGGUCAUGUAAGGUCAAAGAACUUUGGCCACGUUGGGGGUAUUUGUUGAAUUGCCAUCAUAUCUUUAUAAGUGUAUUGGUCUAGUUCAUAAAACGUGGAAAUAAGAGUAACCAAGUAUCACUAAACAUCUUGUGCGAGUUAUAGUAGUUUUCAAAAUCAGCACUGCUGCUAUAUUGAAUCGCGUGAUGCAGGUGAGACGGCCAGAGGCAUUCCACUUGUUAAAAGUAAGUGGUGCUCACUCAAGCGGAAAGAUUUGUCGAUAGUCAUAUCAUCAUUCGCUUAAAGGACAAGUCCAUCUAACAAAAAAAUUGAUUUGAAUAAAAAGAUAAAAAUCCAACAAGCAUAACACUGAAAAUUUCAUCAAAAUCGGAUGUAAAAUAAGAAAGUUAUGAUAUUUUAAAGUUUUGCUUAAUUUUACAAAACAGUUAUAUGCACAUCCUGGUCGAUAUGCAAAUGAGGAGACUGAUGACGUUAUCCACUUACUACUAGUAUUUAUUUUGUAUUUUAUUGUAUGAAAUAUGAAAUAUUAUAAUUUUCUCCUCAUUGACAAGUGAAAAAAAAAUUUAUUCCUCCCUGAACAUAUGGAAUGAGCAUUUUUUAAUACUAUAUGGUUCAGUCAAGUUGGUCCUCAUUGUCAAAUCUGCAUUGUACUAAAAGAAAUAUUGUAUAAUUCAAACAAUAAAAAACAAAAGGAAAAGUGAGUGAUGGACGUCAUCAACCGACUCAUUUGCAUGUCACUGAGUUGUGCAUAUCACUGUUAUGUGAAAAAUAAGCGAAACUUUAAAAUGCCAUAACUUUCUUAUUUUACAUCCGAUUUUGAUGAAAUUUUCAGCGUUAUGCUAGUUUUUUUUUCUCUAUUCAAAUCAACAUUUUUCUGGGGUGGACUUGACCUUAAAAGAGACCUGUACCAAUAUGUAAAUGUGGAAAAAGCUUCAGUAUAACAAAUUUAUAGGAAUAUUAUUUUCAAAGUAACUUUUUUAUACGCACUGUAUAUGACCUUCAUUUUGCAUGUACUUUGACAAUUCUUAAAUCGUUAUCCGUCCCUGUUUAUACUGUUUCGAAUUCUAUAUUCCGGCCUCGGAACAAUGUUUUAUACUGUUGUUUAUUUUUUUUGUCCUACUGUUUUUAUGCUCAUGUUGUGUCAAAUGUACACGAUCUCCCUUGUAUUCUUAUAUCGUUGCUGUUUUUUUAUUAUUAUGUAGGAUUAUUAAAUAAAUACUAGCGCGAAUACAAAA